UCUCUCUGUCUGUCUGUGAACUCUCGGUUGGAGUGUACUAGGAAACGAGAGAUUCUUCGAUUAAGGAACCGGGCAGACUAACUGCUUCAAUGCAAGCAUCGCAACACCCGAGAAGAUCUAGCAUGUCCAACACGUUGUACUAUCAGCCUACACAAAAGAUUGAGGACUAUUCUUUGCCACAGUUUCAAACUUUAGACCACCAGUUACAUUAUAAUGGCAACCUUGCAAGUCAGUACUCCACGCAGACUUUCCUUGGAAAGUACUGCACUCUGGAGUCAUCCUCCGCAACUGUCAGUUGCACUUUUUACAACUCACCAUCAACUGUCAGCUUCUCACCCAAUGGAAGCCCCAUGUCCCAACAAGAAUCUCAGUCAUAUCCAAUCGAUCCACACCACUCACCAGAAAAUACUUGUGGUUCUCCAAUUAGUGGAUCUUGUGUUACGGAUGAUAUGAAUGACUUUAUGCACAAGCUGAGAGAACUGGAAACCGUGAUGCUGGGGCCUGAUUCUGAUAUUCUUGACAGUUCCGAUAAUACCUUAUCGAGCUGUAAAGCCUCACCAGAUAUAGACAGCUGGAGACAAAUGAUGGAGGCUAUUCACAGAAGGGACUUGAAACAGGUUCUCAUUACCUGUGCAAAGGCGGUAUCAGAAAAUGAUUUUCUGACCGCACAGUGGUUGAUGUCCGAGUUACGCCAAAUGGUGUCAGUUUCAGGGGAACCAAUCCAACGUCUGGGGGCGUACAUGUUGGAAGGGCUUGUUGCAAGGUUAGCUGCCUCAGGAAGUUCCAUAUGUAAAUCCUUGAGAUGCAAAGAACCAGCAAGUGCCGAGCUUCUUUCUCAUAUGCACAUUCUAUAUGAGGUCUGCCCUUACUUCAAGUUUGGAUACAUGUCAGCAAAUGGUGCAAUUGCAGAAGCAAUGAAGGAUGAAAACAGAGUCCACAUUGUUGAUUUCCAAAUUGCUCAAGGGAGUCAGUGGAUUACUCUGAUACAAGCUUUUGCGGCUCGCCCUGGUGGCCCACCCCACAUCCGAAUAACUGGUAUCGAUGAUUCCACCUCUGCUUAUGCACGUGGAGGAGGACUAAAUAUCGUGGGACAGAAGCUAUCCCGGCUUGCCGAGUUAUUCAAGGUGCCAUUUGAGUUCCAUGCUGCAGCCAUGUCUGGUUGUGAGGUUCAGCUUGAAAAUCUUGGAAUUCGACCUGGGGAGGAGGCACUGGCUGUGAAUUUCGCAUUCAUGCUACACCACAUGCCAGAUGAAAGUGUCAGCACGCAAAAUCAUCGGGACCGGCUUUUGAGGCUGGUUAAAAGCUUGUCACCAAAGGUGGUGACCCUUGUUGAGCAAGAAUCUAAUACAAAUACUGCUGCAUUUUUUCCUCGUUUCCUUGAGACCCUGGAUUAUUAUACGGCUAUGUUUGAAUCCAUUGAUGUGACUCUUCCAAGAGAACAUAAGGAACGGAUCAAUGUCGAGCAGCACUGCUUGGCAAGAGAUGUUGUAAACAUUAUAGCAUGUGAAGGGACUGAAAGGGUGGAACGGCAUGAGCCUCUUGGGAAGUGGAAGUCACGGUUCAGAAUGGCGGGUUUUACUCCCUAUCCAUUGAGUUCGGUCGUGAAUGCUACAAUCAAAACAUUGCUACAGAAUUACUGUGACAAAUAUAGGCUUGGAGAAAGAGAUGGAGCUCUCUAUCUGGGUUGGAUGAACAGAGAUUUGGUUGCUUCUUGUGCAUGGAAGUGCAAAAACUGAGCAUCUUGGUUUGGGUGAACAUAGAUUUGGUUGCUUCUUGUACAUGGAAGUGAAAAAACUGGUCAUCUUGAUUGUUUGAACUGAGAUUUGGUUGCUUGCUUGUCCACGGAAGUGAAAAAACUAGGGACUUCAAAACUUUUCUUCAUGAUCUGGGAUGGCAAGCUGAGGUAGAUCCUUUUGUUUUUCUAGUUUCUCUCUGUUAGUUGCUAACAGCUCCAAAAAUGGGUCCCCCCUUCAGUAGUGUACUUCAAAAUAAAUCAUAUCUAGUCUCUUUUAUUUGGUCUAUUUUCAACCGAAAAAUUGGCUUUGUUGCCCCCGAAUGGAUGGCUAAUUUCUUUGAUAAUCGGAAGUGUUUAGUCCUGGGCAUGCACUGACGACAAUGGAACUCUAUCGAUCCUUGUAUAGAUGGCUUAAUGUUCUUUUCUGGGAUUUCCAUCCAAUCACCAAUUUAAGUGUUGUAGAAAAAAAACCAACAAGGUUUUCGAAAAAUUUCGUUGCAUUAUCCUUUGAUUACAGCCCAAAUUUGUUAUGGUACCCGCACUGU